AUGUCCACUGAAUCGUUGGACCAGCUCUCCGACCUCAGCCUCAUCUCCGACUGCAGCUACCACUCGGAUUCGGAUCAGGAUCAAGUGGAACCAGUUUUUCAGGAAGAACGAAAGCCUGUCGUCCGGCGGCAAAAGAAUCAGAACAACAGCCAUCAAUCGGAUUCGGAUCAGGAUCGAUUGGAGGAAGCCGUCUUCCAACAAAAGCUGCUUGAGCGUGAAAGAGAUGCGUUCGUACAAAUUACGAUAAUCCUCCUCGUCAUGCUCUCAGUCGCAGUUUUUUUCCUGUUGAGAAACAAUCCCAAUCAAACAACUGAAAGUGCACCAACCACCACCAACAUCACCAACACAAAUGGCACUUUCAAUCCCACGGAAUACAUGAAAACUUUUGGCGAAAGACGAAUGAUGAAAACGAGUGAAAUCUUGGGAGACCAGGAAAAGCUGGCAAAAGCUCAACGAGCGGUGGAAUCAAAAAGAUGGUCAAAACUUGGAGAUGUGCCAGAGUACUACUGGGACAAGUUUGUACCGGAUAUCACAAGAUUUGAAGGCGUGGAUGCGUAUCUCCACAAGACGAAACAAAAUGGCACUCAAGUAGAAGAGGCUCUCUACUUCCACCCAAUCAAAUUCGUGAAGAUCAAUAUGCGUGGCACAAUUGACACUACAUGGCCAUCACUGAAUCACGGAAUCUUUGAUAUGGUCAACGUGGAUAGUUGCGAUCCGAAGACUGAGUGCCUCAAGAGUACCUACCAAAUUGAGAAGGGCGAUCUAGUUUUCGAGCACACUUUCACCAUGGAUGGAGGACAAAAGAUGUUUGUGAAAACUGUCUACUACAUUCCAGCCGAAACAUUUAUUUAA